AAAAAAAAUACACGUUAUUUAUCAACUUAUAAAUUCACUUAUACUAUAUAAAUAAAUCAAUAAACUUGUUAUAAAAUUAUAUAAAUUAUUAUUAAUGAUUUUAAAAAGACAUAAUAUUUAAUUAUAUAAUUAAUAAUAUUAAUAAUAAUAUUAAAAUGAUAUUAAAUCACUAAUGAUUUAAUUUUUCUAAAUAUAUUUUUUCAUAUAUCGUUAAAAAUAUUUUAAAAGUAAUUAUAAAUUUAUUUAUUAAACAAAUCUAUUAAAUAUAUAUUAUUUAAAAUUAUAUAUUUUCUCAGAAAUUUAUAAUAAAAUAUACAAUAAAAUUUAAUACAUUAUAGGAAAUUUUAUAAAAAAUUAAUUAAUUUUAAUUUAAUUCUAAUUUUUCAUAUAUUAAUUCAUAAGAUAUUAAAUAAAUAUAAUAAUAUUAUAAUUUUAAUAUUAAUAUUUAUAAUUUUCGACUGAAAAUUCAUUAUAAAGACAUUAUUUGCGCAUGUGUCAAAUUUGAAUAUAUUUAAAACUAAACCGUCAUAUAAAACUACUUUACAUACAUAAAAUAUAAUUUAUAAUAAAAUUCAAAAAAGUUAUAUUAUAAAAAAUAAAAAAAAUAUGGAUUUAGAUUUAGAAAAAAUUCAUAAUAUUUUAAUUGAAGCUAAUCUUCCAUCAAGCAUAAAAGAUUUAAAAAAUCCAACAGAAGAAUUUGUUGUCAAGCUAAUUAAUACUUUCUUAAAAAGAUUUCAUAUCGAUUUUAAUACAUUUGAUAAGCCCACAAUGGAACAACAAGAUAUUAUGCAAUACUGUGAAGAUUCUACUAUAAUUGGACUUGUAAAUUUACAUAUUGUUAUGGUUCAAAUAUGUGAUAGAAUAUAUUUAAAAGAUUUAUGUAUUACAGAUAUAACUAGUCCAGGAUCAAAAAAAGUACGCAAACAAGCGAAAUUUCUUGCAAAUUUCAUAUUGUAUGCAACUAAUAAAGAAUCAGAUAUAGAGGAUAAAGUUAAUGAAAUUCAAAAUCGAGCAAAAAUUUUACAUGAUAUGUUAGAAAAGAAAAAUGAAAUAUUAGAAACUAGGAAAGAUAGAGCAUUGCAUGUAGCAAAACAAUUAUCAUCAAAAGAAAAAUAUAUUGCAGAAAUUCAAAAAUUACAAUCCAAACUUGAAAAAAAUAAUCAAAAAUAUAUUGAACUAAUUGCAAGAAUGACAGCAGCAGAAGAGAAAAAACAACAUGCAGUAAAACUUUGUGGAAAUUAUAAAGCACAAGCAUUAAAGUUAAGUAAAACAAUAACAGAAUUACAAUCGGAAAUUGUACAAUCACCAGAAGAAUAUCAAAUACGUUUAAAUGAGUUGGAACAACAGCAAAAUGCUAAAGUUAAGGAACGUGAAACAAUGCAAGAAGCAUUUCAGGAUAAAAAAUAUUUAAUUGAACAACAGAAAAAUAUUUUAACUUUUAUUCAAGAACAAUUAGAAAAAUUUAUUGAAAUUCCAAAUAUAUAUGAUCGAUUAAAAGAAAUAAGAAUGCAAGAGGAUAAUAUAAAGAAGCAAGUUAAUACUCUCAAAACAGAUAUUGAAAAACUUGAAAAAAAAUUAGAAGUUCAAAAAGAUCAGCAUAAAGAAGAUGAAAUAAAUGAAAUUCAUGCUCAUUGUAUAGAACGUCUUUCUCCUUUACGUAAUUUAAAUGUUCAAUUACUAAGUAAUAAAAAAUCACAUAAAGAAAAGUUGGAAGAAAUGCAAGUUCAACAUAAUGAUAAUUAUUUGAAAUUUAAAAAAAUGCAAAACAUAAUAAAAAAAGUAGAAGAAGAAACUAUAGAACUUCUUAAGAAUUAUCAAGAUUUAUAUAACAAUGAAAUCUCAACUGAAAAAACUUUAUGGAAAACAUGGAUAACUGAUUAAAAAUUAUAUACAAUUAUACAAAUAAACAAAGAGAAUAAAA